CUUUUUCAUUCUUUAAACUAAUUGAAGCAGAGCAAUGGCUUCUUCAAGUAAGAGUGAAGGAUUUCCAGCGACACUAAACGACAGUUCAAUGACAAACCAAGAGCCGUCAAAGGGUUCUGGCAUGACUAAAAGAGGUGUCUAUGCAGCUGUUUCUUACAUGGUCUCUGCUGUUCUCUUGGUAAUGUUCAACAAAGCAGCUCUUUCUUCAUAUAGUUUCCCAUGUGUAAAUGUCAUCACACUUUUUCAGAUGCUAUGUUCAUGUUCGAUUCUCUAUGCACUUAGAUGCUGGAAGGUCAUCUCUUUCUCAGAUGUUGAACCACAGAGUACCACUUAUAAUCCGUUAAGCCUGGUUCCAUUGAAGACAAUAAUUCAUACCCUUCCUCUAGCAACAGCAUAUUUGCUAUAUAUGCUUGUUACAAUGGAAGCUGUGCGAGGCAUAAAUGUUCCCAUGUACACCACCCUCAGGCGGACCACAGUGGCAUUUACAAUGAUUAUGGAGUAUCUAUUGACAGGGCAGAAACACACACUUACUGUUGUUGGCAGUGUGGGGACUAUUAUACUUGGUGCAAUUAUUGCGGGAGCUCGGGACUUGUCCUUUGAUGCCUAUGGCUAUGCUGUUGUUUUCAUAGCAAACAUCUGUACUGCGAUAUAUCUUGCAUCCAUUGCUCAUAUUGGUAAAUCAAGUGGCCUGAAUAGCUUUGGACUUAUGUGGUGCAACGGAAUAAUAUGCACACCAAUCUUGCUGUUCUGGACAUCAGUCAAUGGUGAUCUAGAAGUGACUAUGAACUUUCCCCUUUUAUUCCACCCAGGCUUUCAGGUUGUGAUGCUUCUUUCCUGUAUCAUGGCUUUCUUAAUAAACUACUAUGUAUUUUUGAACACAACCCUCAAUUCAGCGCUCACACAGACAAUUUGCGGCAAUGUGAAGGACCUUUUUACUAUUGGACUUGGCUGGUUGUUAUUUGGGGGACUUCCAUUUGAUUUGUUGAAUGUUAUUGGUCAAUCUGUUGGUUUCUUGGGUUCGUGUUUGUAUGCUUGCUCUAAACUCUGGGGGAUAUAAAUGUCUUGCUGUUGCUGCAAAGCCGUAUACCAGAGAUAAUUGGCUGAUUGGUCAACUGCUGCUAGCUUCAUCGGCUGCCAAAUUUUGAUUAACAGGCACAGACUCUAGAACAUGUGGAGUUAAUACCUCAAUUAUAUAGAAGAUUCUCUGCGUAAAUGCAUAUUACCCCAGCUUCUGCUACAAUUUCUAGAGUUUUCAUUACAGAAGAUCCAUGAUCAAAAUGAUCCUAGAAACUCUUCUACUAGUUGUUUGGAAAUAAAAUUCAUUAUCGAAAAACUUGUUUCAUGAUAAUGAAAGUAGCAAAUAAUUUUAUUUUGCCUAUGUCCUGUUACUUUUAUAUACUAUACUCACUUUUAUCUUUGAGUAGCCACGGUGAAUUUGGAUUCCGUGAUUUCCCGA